UUGCUCCAGUUACAGCUGCACUCUUUUGAAACAUGUCUUUACAUAUUUAAAGACCUAAAAUUGUACCCAUUCCUGGCUCAAACCCGGAGUGGAUGGAGAGAAUCUGUCAACAUCUAUUUUAACGUUCAUAUAAAUAUGUUUUGAUUGAAACCUUUCCACUGAGUUUAUGAUUGUUAUCCAUGGCCUGCACCCCAUUUUAAAAUCUGCAGACUCAAAUCUGCCUUUGACACUGUCUUACUAUCAACCUUGAAGAAAAAGGUUUUCAUGUUGUUGAAUUUCAACAAUCCUUUUGGUCUCUGUGCACCAACCAAAUCCGUUAACCAGUUUCUCUCCCACCCAAACAUGCAAGAUCUAAAAUAACUUCAUGAAUUUUCAUGUAGCUGAGGAGAAUUGAAAGGAGAUGAUUUUGAGCCAACAUUAGGACAGCUGUAGAAGGAAACCUCCUUGAGGCUGCACCAUAUUCCAGCAGGGCAGUCUUAACUAUAAAAUUCCAAAUGUCUAAAAUAAGGAGUUGAAAAUAAAGACACAAGGACCAAAAAGCAGACAGAGAAGAAAAAAUUUCAAACUGUCUCUUGCAUUGAUCAGAAUGGGAGAGACGUCUAAAGACCAGUAGCAAAAGCAAAUGAGGUGGAUUAGCAGUGAUUACCAAACACUGAUAGUGUCAUUAAAGAUUUGUAGCUGUGAAAUAUUGUCUAUGCUGCCCAGAGGUUGUGUGGUUAACAUGUCAUGAAAAUCAUAAGAGUUUCAUUCAGAAAGUGUCUCCGUACAGACAGACUUCUACCAAGAUCUGAAGGUAAUUAUAUAGUAGUUAUGAUGACAUUUCAUUUUUCUUUGGGAUUAAGAAACUAUAUUUUUUAAUUGAAUUAAGUUGAAUUAAAUUAUGUGGUGGCUCAAACCAAACCACAAUAUUGUAGUGGAAUGGCCUAGUCAAAGACCAUACCUAAGUUCAAAUAUGUUUCUGCCUAAGCUCAUGCUAUUUUGCAAAGUAAACCAUAAAAUGGUAAAAAUAAAAAUAGAAACAAAAAAAUACAGCAACUCUGGUAGACACAAACCCAAAUAGAACUGUAACUCAAGCAAAGGGUAAUUCUACAGAGUGUGAAUCUGUACCUAAGAUUUUUUUUAACGCUGUCUCAUCUUCCUUCACCUUCAACAUGAUGCACUGCUUUGGAUUAGUCUGACAUAGAAAGCUAUUCGUGUGCAAAGAGCUUCAUUUAGGGGGUGUAGAAAUGUUUAAGUUUUUUUAUUUUUUUUUUUUAUUUGUUAGCACUGUUUCAUUUGGACUUUCACAUUCCACAGCCACACAUCACUUCUUUAAAAGCCCCAGUGAAAUGUCUGGACCUUGACGCAUGUCCAGGCCCAGACUCACUUACUGUCACCAGGAGACAUUCCGGACAGUGGGGUUAUUGCUCCUGAAGACAGCUUGGUUCUCAGACCAGUUUUGGACCUUUAGGCCAAAUAACACUGAUACCGCGUUCAGAACCAGGGCGAAACUGCUGGCUGGAGUUUGUUUCAGAUGACAAGAGGGUGUGUGCGUGAGAGAGAAAGAGCUAGAGAGGUGAUCGGUGUGGGGUGGAAUCAAAGGGUUGAGACUUAUUGUUCUAAUGUGAAAAGGAGCUAAUGGUCGACCAUCGCAACUCGGGAUCUGAAAUCCACGGGGUGCCCCGGAGCCACGAAGCACAAUGGCACUCCCUCUCCUCCCCCGCAGUGCGUCUUCCUGCCGCAAUCUGCGGCCAAUGACUCGCGCUGGGGGGAGCACCAUCUGCAGCGAUGGUCCGGCCAUCCAGGCCCCUGACUGAGCACCGAUCCAAGGUGAACAAGACCUCACCUGAAUGAACAACCCAUCCAUUGGCCUACCACAUUACCAACACAACGACUAAAAUAUCGCCUGUAGUUUAAGGGAAAUAUUAAGCCUUCAAACAUGAGACCAAUAGUUAUUGCAAUUUUAAAUGCAUUAUUCCUACAACAGUUUUCUUAAAAUACAUGCAUAAAAAUUAUGCAUCCAGUUUAAAACAAGCUUAACAAAACAACAUCCUCCUAAAUUAAUGGCCUACGUAAUUUAUUCUUCUUUUUUCCCCAAAAAAUAAUUUUAGGCAAAUAUAGGUCUUAGGCCAUUAUUUCGGGAGGUUGACGAUGAGUGAAAUGUGUUCAUGGGCAACAGCUUUGAAUGUUAAUAUCCUACUUACACUGUCACCAAAAUGUGCCACUGUUUGCUUCUAAUUAAAUAUGUCCCGAGUAAUCAAGUUAACAUGUUGAUAACCGUUCCAGAUUAGGCCCGGAGGGUUAUCUUUUAUAAUGGAUUAAUGCAGAGCAAAACGAAGUAUUUUCACAAGUAUUAUAAUAUCAAAGCCAUCUCCUUAAGAAAGCAUAAUUUAAACAAAUGUAGCUUUAUAAUUCAUUAAUGAGGAGAACAGUAUGGUGUUACAGUAUGUAUUUAUAGUGGAGGUGACCCGUGUCUACUUAGCAUUGUAAAUAGCUACGCUUAUUUCCCCCCUGUUUUCGACUGCAUCAAUUAUGUUUCACCUGAGUACAUCUUCGACUUGCUUCAGUUUUGCAAAAUUUGCGUAGAUUCUGUGAAAAAUGAAACCCAAAGUUGUAUCAAAAGACACGCCCACUUCUCUGCGGAAGAAUCAAGGUCAUUCACGAAUUUGCCAUCAGCUGUGCGUAAUUGUCUACACCAGCCAAUGGGCGCACAGAUAGGCCGAUCUCCAGCUCACGCAGCUCUGGUGAGGAAAACCUGUGGAGCCACCGCAAGGAAUGAACAUUUCAGCUGAGAGGUGGUUGUGAAGAGGGGUCUAAUGGAGGAGGCCAAAUAGUGACGACAGUGGUAUCGUUCAGGAAACUGAUGCCUUCUUAAAUUGUUUCUGUCGUCUUAGAUUUUUCUUUUUACAUUAAAUCAGAUGGGUAGCUUUCUUUCGAGCUAUUUCUAACUUUUUGAAAAUUAUUUUUAUAAUUUGAGAGUUACUUGUAAGCAAGAUUUUACACUCGCAGGAAGAUGUCUGACAGGUCGCAGACCCCGGAGAUCCAAAGUCGACCUUAUGACUUCAGCCGGGCUGGCGCUUGCAACACUCAGGUUUUGGGUCAGGAAGGCACGGGCAACUCUUCGUGUUUUCAGCUUCCUCAUGGGGUUUUACCCGACCCGAGUCUGUUUUACAGCAAGGCAGCCUACGGAGGCAUCACGCCCGCACCCACCCAGACGUUUCUCCCGUUUCCACACGUCGCCGGUGACUACAGAGGAUCCGAUCUGCAGGCUGGGGACUUUGGGCAGCCAAAGCAUUGGUAUCCCUUCGCUGCACCCGAGUACACUGGCCAGGUACCCGGUGUGAUUGCGGCCACCCAGCCAGCAAACCUGAGUCCCCCGAUAGCCGAGACUCGAGAACAAAUCAGAUUACCCGAGAUCAAGACUGAGAAGGACACUGGAUAUGAUUAUCCGACCGAAAUGAAGGUUCAACAGUAUCCGAUUACUGCACCUUCCACAAGCAUGGCCCAUGGAGUCUUCUACCCACCGACUUGGAACCCCUCCUUCUGGCCCGGGAUCACUCACAUCACCCAACCAGGAAGCAAUAACCAAAACCCCCCAGCGUCCUCGACAUCAUCCCCGUCAAUGUCCCCUUCACCGCCAAGCAAUGGGAUCCAGGGGAAUGCGUUUUUCAGCGUAAACGCAAACCAGGUUCCUUCAGAGCCCCAGGCACAGAACACGGCUCCCAACACGCGGAGCAGCGGAUCGUCAAGUGGGGGUUGCAGCGACUCUGAAGAGGAGACCCUCACCACUGAAGAGCUGGAGCAAUUUGCCAAAGAGUUGAAACACAAACGGAUUACUUUGGGGUUCACUCAGGCAGAUGUUGGCCUAGCUCUUGGUAACCUUUAUGGCAAAAUGUUCAGCCAGACAACCAUUUGCCGCUUUGAGGCUCUGCAGCUGAGCUUCAAGAACAUGUGCAAGCUGAAGCCCCUUCUGCAGAGAUGGCUGGAUGAGGCAGAAACUUCGGAAAAUCCUCAGGAGAUGUACAAGAUUGAGCGAGUGUUUGUCGACACCAGAAAGAGAAAGCGGAGGACCAGUCUGGAGGGAGCGGUGCGGUCUGCGUUAGAGGCCUACUUUAUCAAAUGUCCCAAGCCCAACACUCAAGAAAUAACUCAAAUCUCAGAUGAUCUGGGCCUUGAAAGAGAUGUGGUGCGUGUUUGGUUCUGCAAUCGAAGACAGAAGGGGAAGCGUCUGGCCCUGCCGCUGGACGAGGAGUGUGAAGGCCAGUACUAUGAGCAGAGCCCUUCACCGUUGAACGUGGCCCCUACCCCCAUCCAAGGCCAAGCCUACCCAUCCUCCAGCUACACCGGAACACCUCCUCCAACUCUCUACAUGCCCCCACUUCACCGACCGGAUGUUCUGAAACAUGCUCUGCACCCUGGACUGGUUGGUCACCUGACUGGUUAAACUGGUGGGUAGUCUCCCAACCAGACUACAGUUUUUCCUCAAGCAUCCAUCUACACCCAACCUGAGCUGAAAAUGGGAUCUGAUUCCAGUUGACCUGAUGUGAAACAAGGCAAAUAUCAAGUAGGAGAGGGCUGUUUCUUUUUGACUGCAAAAAAAAAAUGAAAAAAAAAAUGAAAAAGACAAUAAGCCCUAAUGAAAUCGGUGCCUUUCUUUUCUUUCCUUGUGGAUAUUUUAAACGUUCAGUGUUUUGCAGAUUUGUACUUUGUUUUCUGAUAUGGAGGUAAAGUUAUAAGGUUAGACUUUUAAUACUGCUGAACCCCAGAGUAGGCUUGACCACAAAUUAUUCAGUCACGUCUAUUUGUGCAAUACUUUUAUCGGAAACUGAAAGCUGUUGGUAACAUUAAACUUAGAUUUUUUUUUUUAUUUGCACAAACUUGUAAUCAUCACUAUUGCCAUAACAAAUGGGUUUAUGGUUGCUUGCAUUGUAAUUUAAAACCAAGAAGAUUUUAGAAGUGAAAAUGGGAAAGUGUUCAUCAGUAUUGGCUGCUAAUUUUUUUUUUUUUAAACAAGUUUCUUAUUGUAACUUCUUUGUGAUUUUUAGAGUUCUGUACGUUGUGGUUUGACAUCCAGUUCAAGUUAAAUUGCUGGGUUUUCUGUUGUACUUCAGCUGAAACAUUUAAAGAAAAUGUUCUUUACUUGAACCAUGUGCAUCAAGUCCUUAAGUGCUGUUAAAUUAUGACCAUGCCAAAGUAAAGUCUGAUUUGCUUUGAA